AACGGUUUUAUUCGAUACUUAUCCACAACGCAGUUCAUAGAACACACGCCCUGUGCAGUCUCAUCCUUCGGGUGUCUUCAAACAGGUCCGGUACAAUCCAGUAAAGCGCCCUACACCAGUAGAUAGUAGCCAGCCAGUAAAUUGUAGUAAAAUUCACUCACCAAGAAAAUUACUCCAAGAAGGGAUGGUUCCGGCGCAGUUGACGAUUGCUGUCGGUUUUUUGUUCGCCGUUUCCGUAUGUCCACCGUCUACCGCAGCAAAAAAGUCAACUUCCGCAGCUCGUACUCGAAGUCUUGAGAGCAGUUUGGAUGAUGAACUGAUACCAUCCUACGAAUGCGCACAUCGUAGUCGAGAUUGGACUCUGCGGUGCAUGGUGCCGGUGACUAAUUUUCAAAUGUCUCUUGAUCUGUGCGGAACGAAGCAGAAGCCUGAUGAACAUCACGUCCAAGGUUGUGUGAAGGAGCUCUACAUUCUCGGAAAAUCUUGCCCGCAGACGUCGAUGAUGGAUGCAGCGAAGGAAAUGAUGCACCAAAAAAGUCCUCCACCACCGCCAUCGCCAUCGAAGAGUAAGCCGAAAAAACCACAGCCAACAAAUCCUCUUGAAAAUAGUCUGCCCCAGCUGUCGAAAGCAUAUUCUACAGGCAAAAACAGUGGCAAGAAGAAGGAAAAGUUUGAUCUUUGAUUCUACAAUAUGAAAUGUUUAUGAAUUUAAGACAUUACAAUCUGUAUUAUAGAAAAGACAA